GCGGGGACGGAGGGAGGGAGACCUCGGGGAGGAAGGCGAGGAGCGCAUUCCCGCGAUUCCCGCGUUAAUCCGCGCCCCGACCCUGCCCGCUCCGCGAUGCGAUGGGUUAGGCGACUGGCCAGCAACAGCAGCAGCGCAGCCGAGAGACGAACCGCCGAGCGAAGCAGCCACGAGGGGCGGCAGCGGUGGCAGGGCCUGGCCGAGGCGCGGGGGGGGCGGAAUAAACGGCCGCUAGGGGCGGCGGCGCGGUAGGAAAAAGCCUCCGGCUGGACCUGCGUUGCCCCACGGUCCUUUCCAUGGACAGCGGGCUGGAAUUAUGAGCCGGCUGGAGCUGCUGGCGGCCGGGACUUGCCCUGCCCCCAAGGGUUUUCUCCCCGCUCUGCGCCUCAGGGCGCCGGCGGGGCCCCUAUCGCCUAAUCGCCAGCACGCGCCGCCGUCCCGCCCGGCUCGCUCCUCGGAGGCGCGAGGGCCCCCUCGGGGCCAAGCGACCUCCGUUCUCCCCACACGCAAGGGACGUCCGUGGUUAGCGUAGUCCCGACCCCCUCCUCGCCCCCCCCGUCCUUCGUUCCCUUCCUUCUCCCCCCGGCUCGCUUUCUGGAUGUCGAGCAAGACCCUCCGCCGUGCGUGUCCCCGGAGAAGUUCCCUUCCCCUCUUUCCAAGUCUCCCGCGCCCCACAGCCGCUAUCGCUGCCCCCUCCCACGCUCUCCUCCACGCCGCUGAGCAGGUGAGAGGCUGGUGCGUGGCUGGGUGAGGAGGGGAGGGUUGGUCGCCGCUCCUCUCGCCUCGCCCCUCCGCCCUGACGGGCGACGGCCCCCCCCGCCCUCCUCCCCGCCGGGCAUUAAUUAAGCUGCCCAUUGAUUAAAGGGUAUUGAUUUGUAUGUAUUUCACUCAGCGCUGUUGGCGGCGGCGGCGGCGGCGGCGCCCGCUGCUUGUUCGGCGGCCUCCCCCUGAGUUAGCCCAGUAUUUCCCAAUUUAGAGUGUUGUCGCCGAAGCUCCCUCGACUAAAGAUGUCGGCUCCUCUCGGGCCCCGAGGCGGCUCUGCUCCCCCUCCGCCUCCGCCCGAGAUGCCCGACCUCAGCCACCUCACGGAGGAAGAGAGGAAGAUCAUCCAAGCCGUCAUGGACCGCCAGAAGAAGGAAGAAGAGAAGGAGCAGUCCGUGCUGAAGAAACUACACCAACAGUUUGAAAUGUAUAAAGAACAGGUGAAGAAAAUGGGUGAAGAAUCACAGCAGCAGCAACAGCAGCAGCAGCAGCAGCAACAACAGAAGGGUGACGCUCCAACCUGUGGCAUUUGUCACAAAACAAAAUUUGCUGAUGGCUGUGGCCAUAACUGUUCAUAUUGCCAAACUAAAUUUUGUGCACGUUGUGGAGGACGAGUAUCUUUACGUUCAAACAAGGUAAUGUGGGUGUGUAAUUCAUGCCGAAAGCAACAAGAAAUCCUCACAAAAUCUGGAGCAUGGUUUUAUAAUAGUGGAACUAACACCCCACAGAAGUCUGAUCAAGAGGUUUUUAGAGGACUGCAGAAUGAAAAAGCACCUCAGGACAAAAAAACAAAGCUGCAAGAACAGUCAAUCUUGGGACGAAGUAGAUCUCAAGGGAUUACAAGGCAAGAGUCCAUAAAUGGUUCAGGAGGAAAGGUAGUGGGUGACACAGCAGACAGAAAAAGAAGCCCAUCAAUACCCAGGGAUCAGAACAGAAGUUUCAAUCAGCUGGAGGAGAGAGACGACUAUUCACAGUAUGCAACAUCAGAUGCUGCAAUGCCAAGAUCACCAUCAGAUUAUACAGACAGACAUUCACAACAUGGGUUGCAACCAUAUGAAGAACCUGAAAUUGAUGACUAUAGGAAUUCUAGUAGGAGAAAUCGCAGACGUUCAAGGGAAUAUCCUUUAGAGGAAGAUGACAUGCAAAAUAGAGGGGAAUAUGAAAGGCAGCGAAGGGAAGAAGAAUAUCAAGCACGCUACCGAAGUGAUCCUAAUUUGGCUCGUUAUCCUGUCAAACCACAACCAUAUGAAGAGCAAAUGCGCAUUCAUGCUGAAGUCUCACGUGCACGUCAUGAAAGAAGGCACAGUGAUGUAUCUUUGGCAAAUACUGAAUUGGAAGAUUCCCGGAUUUCGAUGAUGAGAAUGGACCGACCAUCAAGGCAAAGAUCUGCAUCUGAACGCAGAGCUGCCAUGGACCAGCGUUCAUAUUCAAUGGAAAGAACUCAGGGACUAAGUCCCAAUCGGCAGAGAACCGUAAAUCACAGUCCUCCAACACCUAGGAGGAGUCCAAUACCUUUUGAUAGACCAGAUAUGAGGAGAACUGAUCCAUUAAGAAAACAGCAUCAUUUAGACCCAAGCUCAGCUGUACGGAAGACAAAACGUGAAAAAAUGGAAACCAUGUUAAGAAAUGAUUCCUUGAGUUCAGAUCAGUCUGAAUCAAUUAGGCCUCCACCACCAAAGCCUCAUAAAACAAAAAAAGGAGGUAAAAUGCGUCAGGUGUCAUUGAGCAGCUCUGAAGAAGAGUUGGCUUCUACACCAGAAUAUACAAGCUGUGAUGAUGUAGAAAUUGAAAGUGAAAGUGUUAGUGAAAAAGGGGACAGUCAAAGGGGAAAAAGAAAAACUAGUGAGCAGGCAGUUUUGUCGGACUCUAACAUCUUAUCUGAAAGACAAAAGAAAAUGGUGUGUUUUGGUGGCCAGUCUUUGGAAGAGGACUUGGAAUGGUCUGAACCUCAGAUUAAGGACUCUGGGGUAGACACUUGUAGUAGCACAACUCUAAAUGAGGAACAUAGCCAUAGUGAAAAGCAUCCUGUAACCUGGCAGCCAUCCAAAGAUGGAGAUGGCUUAAUUGGCCGAAUUUUGUUAAAUAAGCGCCUAAAAGAUGGAAGUGUGCCUAGAGAUUCAGGAACAAUGCUUGGGCUUAAGGUAGUCGGAGGAAAGAUGACAGAAUCAGGUCGACUGUGUGCAUUUAUCACCAAAGUAAAAAAAGGAAGUUUAGCUGACACAGUUGGACAUCUGAGGCCAGGCGAUGAAGUAUUAGAAUGGAAUGGAAGGCUUUUGCAAGGAGCCACUUUUGAAGAAGUAUAUAACAUCAUUCUUGAAUCCAAACCAGAGCCACAAGUGGAACUUGUAGUUUCAAGGCCAAUUGGAGAUAUUCCCAGAAUACCUGACAGUACGCAUGCACAGUUGGAGUCCAGUUCUAGUUCAUUUGAAUCUCAGAAAAUGGAUCGGCCUUCCAUAUCAGUCACUUCUCCCAUGAGUCCUGGCAUGUUGAGAGAUGUUCCACAGUUUUUAUCUGGACAACUUUCAAGCCAAAGCCUUAGUAGAAGAACAGCGCCUUUUGUCCCUAGGGUUCAGAUAAAAUUGUGGUAUGACAAAGUUGGCCAUCAAUUGAUAGUCACAAUAUUGGGAGCAAAAGAUCUUCCUUCAAGAGAAGAUGGGAGACCAAGGAAUCCCUAUGUUAAGAUUUACUUUCUUCCUGACAGAAGUGAUAAAAAUAAAAGAAGAACAAAAACAGUAAAAAAAACAUUGGAGCCCAAGUGGAAUCAAACAUUCAUUUAUUCUCCAGUUCAUCGGAGAGAAUUUCGAGAGCGAAUGUUGGAAAUUACUCUUUGGGACCAAGCUUGUGUUCGUGAGGAAGAAAGUGAAUUUUUAGGAGAGAUUCUUAUUGAAUUAGAGACAGCAUUGCUGGAUGAUGAGCCUCAUUGGUACAAACUUCAGACUCAUGAUAUGUCCUCAUUGCCACUUCCCCAUCCUUCCCCAUAUUUGCCACGCCGACAGCUUCAUGGGGAUAGCCCCACACGAAGGUUGCAAAAUAAAGGCUCAUAUUCAUAUAAUCCAGGAUCCAAAAGAAUAAGUGAUAGUGAAAUCUCAGACUAUGAUUGCGAUGAUGGAAUAGGAGUAGUGUCAGAUUACAGACAUAAUGGAAGAGAUCUUCAAAGUUCAACAUUAUCAGUGCCCGAACAAGUGAUGUCAUCCAAUCAUUGCUCUCGAUCAGGCUCUCCUCAACGUGGUGACAGUAUAGGAAGAACUAGAUCAUGGUCUCCCAGUGUUCCUCCAUUACAAAGGAAUGUGGAACAUGGGUCUCGAGGGACCCGAUCUACUCCUGCACAUUACAAUACCAUGAAUCGAAUGGAUAGACAUCGAAUAAUGGAUGACCACAACUGUCCAGACAGAGAGAGUCAUUAUCUCACUCUGCCUUGGUCCCAUCACACGCAAUCCAUUGACUACCAUCAUAGAGAUGCCAGCAAGAACAAUUCAUUGUAUCCUAACUUUUGUGAAGAUGCAGUCAGAUUACUUCGAUCGCAUAGGAUGUGCCGUACCUAUUCUGAGGGUGCUUACAAUGAGUUUGAGAGGAGGAGUAGGAAGGAGGGAAGAGAGCCUAAUGCAUAUGUUGAUGACACGUUUAUUUCUCCUGCUCUCGAAAGGUAUUACAAUGGUGCAAGUUCAUGGGCAGAUCAUGUAGUCAAUGGUACAGCUGAAAAUUACAGCAAAAUUCCAAUAGCUAAUAGAAGAAUAGCAUGUCCAAGGAUUGAAAUCCAACAGUCUUCCACAGAUACUGACAGGAAUUGGGAACCUAGACUACCAUAUCAAAGAUCCAGAUCAACAGAACAGCGUCCAGUGCUAGAGCGGCCCAGCCCCCGCUCCCGAUCCACUGAGCGUCCUGAGUCAAACCUCAUGAGAUCGAUGCCUUCAUUAAUGACUGGAAGAUCUGCCCCUCCCUCACCUGCAUUAUCGAGGUCACAUGCUCAUUCGGGGUCAGUCCAAACAAGCCCAUCAAGUACUCCGGUGGCAGGACGCAGGGGUAGACAGUUGCCACAACUCCCACCAAAAGGGACCCUGGAGAGAAAAGUUACAUGGGAAGACCAGCAGAAAAAGGUGAAUGAUACAGUAACUGAUGAGAAAUCAUUUCUGACAAAGAAACAUCAUACCCCGCCAGAAGAAGUGGACUCAUCACGGAGAAGAAACCCAGGUACUCUGGAUGUUGAAGAGAGAAAUCGUCAAAUGAAAAUGAACAAGUACAAACAUGUAACAGGAUCAGAUUCCAGGCUGGAGCAAGAUUAUCAUUCCAAGUAUCGUCCCGGGCGGGAUCCUCAACGAGGCUCUGAUAAUGUCUCCAACAAGUCUUCAGACAGUGAUGUCAGUGAUGUAUCAGCAGUCUCGAGAACCAGUAGUGCAUCCCGUUUUAGCAGCACUAGUUAUAUGUCUGUGCAAUCAGAACGGCCAAGAGGAAACAAGAAAAUUAGAAGAUCACAUGAGGAAAAAAAAGAGGGAUGGGAGGAAGGGGAUGGGGAAGUAUUCCUUGAGAAAGAAGAGGAGAAUCAGGAACUGGAGAAAAAGUUGGAUGAACAAGAUGAUGAAAAGGGGGAAGGGGAGGAGGUGACAAAGAACUGUGAUGAGGAAGAUAAACAAACAGAAGAGAAUGAAGGGGCCCAAGAGGAGAUAACUGAGGAAGGAACAGAAACAAACAAUAAAGAGGAUUUGCAAAGGAGAUAUUCACAGGAUGAUCUCAGUGUUUUCACAUCUAAAAUGCAAAGCAGACAGAUUGGCGCUUCAGGACAGAACAUAACUAAAAGCACCAGCAUCAGUGGCGAUAUGUAUACACUAGAGAAGAACGAUGGCAGCCAGUCUGAUACAGCGGUGGGCACUGUGGGAGCAGGUGGAAAAAAACGGCGAUCCAGUAUUGGUGCAAAAAUGGUAGCUAUCGUGGGGCUUUCACGGAAAAGCAGGAGCACCUCACAACUCAGCCAAACUGAAGCAGGUGGUAAAAAAUUGAAGAGUACAGUACAGAGAAGCACAGAAACUGGGUUGGCUGUGGAGAUGAGAAAUUGGAUGACACGUCAGGCCAGCAGGGAGUCUACAGAUGGCAGCAUGAACAGUUAUAACUCAGAGGGAAAUUUGAUCUUCCCUGGUGUGCGGUUGGCGACCGAUAGCCAAUUCAGUGAUUUUCUGGAUGGACUUGGCCCUGCACAGCUUGUUGGACGCCAGACCCUGGCUACUCCAGCAAUGGGUGAUAUCCAAGUUGGAAUGAUGGACAAAAAGGGACAAUUGGAGGUAGAAAUAAUAAGAGCACGAGGCCUUGUUGUAAAACCAGGUUCAAAGACACUGCCAGCACCGUACGUAAAGGUGUAUCUAUUAGAAAACGGAGUCUGUAUAGCCAAAAAGAAAACAAAAGUGGCAAGAAAAACGCUGGAACCUCUUUACCAGCAGCUGUUGUCAUUUGAAGAGAACUCUCAAGGGAAAGUUUUACAGAUUAUUGUAUGGGGAGACUAUGGACGUAUGGAUCACAAAUCCUUUAUGGGAGUGGCACAGAUACUUUUAGAAGAACUGGAUCUGUCCAAUAUGGUGAUUGGCUGGUUUAAACUAUUCCCUCCCUCAUCCCUAGUAGAUCCAACUUUGGCCCCUCUUACAAGAAGGGCAUCCCAAUCAUCUCUUGAAAGUUCAACAGGACCAUCGUACGCUCGCUCAUAGCAGCUGUGAACUUUAUCAUAGCAACCAGCGUUACAAAAAAUAUUUAACAGGUCGCAAGCUCUGGUAACACUGCAUGCUUAAUGUUGCGUAUUUGGAGCCUGUUUCUAGGGCUAGAAAGCGAUCCUGUAUUCUCAGAGGAAGUUGCACACAUUGUGCUCUAAAGGAAGUCCUCAGGUGAAGGAGUGGAACUGGAAGAAAUGAAUGGUUUGGACUUCAGUGACACUCAACUUUUAAUCCAAUUUGAAGCCAUGGAUUAAACUAAAGAAUCAAGUUGUCUCAUGCAACAAGAAUCCCUUCAAUGGCACGUCUGUUUUCCUGUUCCCUUUUCUUUACUGGCCCUUUUCUGCCCGCACCCACCCAAACCUGGUUAUGCCACAGAAAUAUGGAGCUACCCAAAGAAGUCAUGCUGCAGAUCAUUAGAAGAAAAAGGAAAAGGGAGUUGUCUUUGCAUUCAUUAACAGCAGAGGAAACUUGCCUUAUCAGAAAGCUUGAAGACUUAGAGUGGCAGGCUUUGUAACUCCAGUUACUAAUAGAGUCAAAUCCAGCGUGGACUAAGUCAAAAGUAAAAUUCUGUGGCUAUACUGUACUGUAUGAAUUAAAGACACUUUUUUGCAUGGACACAGAUUAUGCUGAACAUUUAAAAUUAUUUUCUUGGGGCUGCAACUUGCAAAAAAAAAAAAAGAAUAAAUCAGCCAUUUUCAACAAUUUAUAUUAUUUUUAAAAAUAAAUUUCACUAGUGCAUGGUUUUAAAAGGGAGAGAAUGCAACAAGGUGAUAGACACACCAAGUUAUCAUUCUUUAAACCAAUCAUGGUCUGUGUUUUUGCAGACAACAAUGAAAAAUUAAUAAUUUCUAGCAAAUACUCAAAUUAUGUUUAUGUGACAAGAAAUAAAUGUAAUAUAUUAAAUUUAUUUAACUGUAAAAGGUACAAGCCUUGUAAAGUUCAAAAUAUGUGCAAAUUGUACACUUCUUUCCCUUCUUGUUUCCCCCAUCCUCCUUUUGCCCUCUCGUUGCUGUCCUGGCUCCCAGGAUAAUCAUUACCCUCCAAAAUUGCUACUUUUUGACUUACUACUCUCAAGCUCCCUAUUUGAUUCAGGGAUACAGACUGAUUCUGCAUUUCUGAAAUCUUUGAGAAAAAAAUUGUUUAAGAACUUUUUUCAAGCAUGUUGAAAAGAAUUUUGCAACAUGGCUUGGGGAGUACAUUACAAUAAUUCAGCAUGUAUUUGAUAACAAAUUGAACUUUUUGCUGUUUAUUGUACAGUGCAUGAAAAACUUUUCCCUCUCAUCUUCAAAUUGAAUUCAACAGCAAAAUACUGGAACCAUGUGGCCAUUUGUAAAACGUCUUCAAUAAAUUUGUUUUCAGCACCAGCAUCAUUCAUUCAAAGGUUGAACUAUCAUUUCUAGAUAAAGAAAUAUCAGAACAGUCUUGGUAAAUAUCAGCAUUUUAUCACUUCCAUUGAGCCAAAUAAAUUGCUACCUAUUAACCUCUUCUGUUCAGUUUUCAUAAACUGGGAUGGGAAAUCAGUGAAUAUGAACUUGACAUUCAAGUCAUAAUUUGAGCUGCAGUCCUGUAUCUGCUUAAUCUUUCUAUUAAUGGGAAUUACAUGCCCAAAGAGAUUGCAGUUUUUUUUUAAAUUCUUAAACGCCUUAAACAAAGUACAUAACAUUUAUUAAUUUUGACACCCCUCACCAAGAACCUAAAAUGCAAAUGUUGCAGGUAUUUGAAGAAACAAACACCUGUUUCCUAUAUCAGGUAAUUUAGGGUAACUGGAAAGGUGGAUAAUUUUAAGUCCAGAUCUCAUUUUUUGGGGGGAUAAAAAGAUAUGUAAUUUGUUCAUGUUGAAGUAUAUCAUCCUUUUUUCCUGUAUCUUUAGAUGCCUUAGAGACCUGUUGUUUAAUGAUGAGGCAUUGCAAUAAUAUUUUAAUAUGUAUUAAAAUAUGUAAUAUUUUAAUUUAAGGCCAUACUCAUGAAUAUUUUACUUUUGUAUUUACAUAUCCCCAUAUGUACAUGAAUUAUAGGAGGGCAAAAGGAAAAAUGGGUAUACUGCCAUUUCUUUUAUAUGGUUCAAUUUUCAAACAGAACAGAAUUCCUUCAAGGUUUGCCCAUGUUCCAUGCAUGAGUACCACUGAAUGCGAAUGGAAUUAAUACAGUCAAAAUGCUUGGUGAAUUGUACCCUUGCAGUGAUUUCAAACAGCACAUGCACCCCAAGGGGAAUUCUUAUUGACAGGAGUUCUGUUUACUUACCAAACCCUUUUGCAUUCAUAAAAGAAUUACCUAGAUAAGAAAGAUAAUUGACCUUUUACAUGAUUAUGUAUAGGUUAAUGAUGACUGGUAAAAACAUAUUGACUGAAAUAAUUUAGUCACCUGUGUAUGAGCAAUCAAUGAAUACUAACACAUGCAUUAAUCACUAAAAAUAAAAAAAACAUUUUUAAAGUUAUGACUCUUUUUCUGAUACUAUGAUAUGCAGUUGGUGCACACUUUAUGCAUAUUCCUAUAAAAAUAUUUCUAAUUCAGACAAGGAGGACACGACCAUAUGGAAAAUGUGUACGUAACUGGUCAUUAUGCAGUAUUUAUUUUUGAUUGUAUUUUUUUAAUAUUCAGAUGUCUGCAAUUUUGCUUAUAAUUUAGUCAUGUAAAUAGCAUACUUCCAGUGACCACAGCUGUCUUGUACAUAAUCUGUUUUAAAAGUAACUGGAAUCAAGGUUGGGAGAGAAAAGGCAGACUAGGCCUUUUGAUGAACACCAAUCAAUGUAAAUCAAAUUCAUUCUGGUGAUGGUAUUUAAGACUUUAAAUAAAACAUGUUUCUUUA